CUCAUUCCGUAGUCGGUCGUAUACUAGAUACCUCGUCCUCCGCCAUGUCGUUCGUUCGAAAUGCGUUCCUCGUCGCUGCUGUUGUCUCUGCUGCAAACGCACUGCCAAACCCCAAGCGUUCUGAAAGUUCCGACCUUCAAUGGGGCCCUUGUCCAGCAAGAAUGAACUUUACCUCGGCCUAUUCAUAUGACUGCGCGACAUUAACGGUACCACUCGACUAUUCAAAUUCCACCGACGGCAGAACGUUGGAUCUUCAACUUCUGCGAGUGAAUGCGACCAACCAACCGUCUAAAGGCGCUAUAUUGAUGAACCCUGGUGGGCCUGGCGGCGUUGGCACACAGUUUGUGGCAGGUACUGCGGCCGAAGUUCAGACGAUCCUGGACGGUGAGUAUGAUCUAAUUGGAUUCGAUCCCCGAGGAACAGGAAAUACCAUCCCCUACGCCUGCAAUGACACAUCCUCGUCCGGCUCGAAGAAAACCAAACGGCAGGAGUUCGAUAUCCCAGAACCGACCUUUCCCGAGGACUACGACCUAUUGGAACUUGACAUUGAUGACAUGUCUAUGGCUCAACUGGUUGGAGUCUUGCAGAAUGAGCUUAGUGAUCUCCAGGUUGUCGCAGAGACCUGUGCCGCCGACAAUGAAGAGUACGGCGAGUAUAUCGGGACCGCAUUCGUUGCAAGGGACAUGCUACGCAUCGUGGACGCUUUAGGUCAAGGAAGCCUGCUCAAUUAUUGGGGCAUCUCCUACGGCACUGUACUCGGCGGCACUUUUGCAGCCAUGUUCCCCAAUCGGACUGGUUUCAUGUUGCUGGAAUCCAACGUCAAUCUCCAUGAAUACAUGUCAGGAGCCGGCAUUCAAGCCAGAGCGACUUUAGACGCCAACGUCGACGCUCUUUUCGAGCAAUGCAUGGUAUACCCGGAGGAAUGUGCGCUGGCUGAUGACCACCAGACGGUCGAGAGUCUUGCACAAAACUACGAGAACCUUGUGGCCGCGCUCGACCAGCAAGGCAUCCCCAUGAACGACACUGACGACGAGAUCGAUGGCGGCACCGUGCGGAAUUACAUGCUCUCAAAUCUGUAUAACCCGAGCGAGUGGCCCGAGGUCGCCGUCGCGCUCAAGGUGCUAUACGACGGUGAGUGGGAAACCUUUUACAACAUGUCGCGCCCUCCCAAGGAAGGCAGCUACAACAAAGGCACCGAGGCGCUGCUGGGGAUCCGGUGCGGUGACAGCCGACUAAGGAGCGACAAUGUCACCGAUCUCGAGGGGUUGAUCGAGAUCCAGCUGAAUGUGUCGCGCUGGUUCCCGCUGCAGCCGACGCUAGAAGGCAUGACCUGGGUAGCAUGGCAGCAGGAAGCCAAAGAACGCUACAACGGCGACUUUCAGGUCAAGACCCAGACGCCCAUUCUCGUCCUCAACAACGCCUACGACAACAUCACGCCGUUGAUCUCGGCCCGAAACACGAGCUCAGGGUUUGCGGAAAGUGUUUUGCUGGUCCAGAACUCUUACGGGGUAAGUCAAGAUCAGUAAAAUGCGAUUCAUAUCAUCUUCCUGCGUCCCCCUAUCCCACUAUGCUACUUAUGACCUACUACUGUUGGGGAAACCACUCUGACCUGCCUAUCUAUGUAGCAUGUGCCCGAGUACACUCCUUCGUUGUGCACCGCCCAGGCAAUCAGGAAUUACUUUGGUAACGGCACCAUGCCUAGCAACGGCACCGUCUGUGAGCAAGAAGUGCCGAAUUUCUUGCCGCAGAACUGGACCGAGAUCUACCAGGACCUGAAUAAGACCGGCAGCAGCGACUUGACGAAGCGAGCAUACUCCAAAAGGGAGGUCGAUUUGUUGCAUGCGGUGAGGUCGUUGGGUGAGAAGCUUCAUCAAUUCGACAGACUGUGAGAAGGCUUAGUAGUUUCAGUGAGCAGUUUAAGAGAGUGCCUCCCAUAUUAAUUGAUUAUUACGUUUCGCUCCA